AAAUUUCUCGAUCUUUCAUCCAUCUCAAUCUGCAAAUUAGGGUUUCAAGAUCUAAAUUUCUUUGAAAAGAUUUUGUUGUGGGUGGUAGUUUUAAUGAUCCGACUUUUUUGUCGGUAAUGACCUAUGUAGAGAGAAUCACCGGUGGCUGAGAUCUUGGUGCGAUAUUAUUGUUCUUGCCAUGGUUUAUUAGAUGUUGCUUUCUAUAUUUGUUGCUUGGAUUUGUUGUAGAUCGGGUGUUAGGUGCGUGUCUUGUCUCCACAAAACUGGUGACUCUGUCGAAAUUGAGUUGGAGUUUAAGUUGUUGAUGUGACGAUGGUAUCUGGAUUUUAGUAUAGAGACGUGUGAAAAUGAUGAUUUUGUUUUUAUAUUGAUUUUUUGAUUUGUGCUCUGGGUUUACAAGAUCAAUUUUGAAGAGAAAAUAAUGGGUGGACUGAAUUGAGUGUCAGUUUUCUCGGGCAAAGAAAUUGAGAUUUGACUGGAUGGCUCUUCGUCUGGAUUGCUGCUUUUUGGAUAUGACAUUGUUCUAGACUGCACGCGGUAUAAUGUGGUUGAGAAUGAGGUUUAUGCUGCUUAUGCUGGUCAUCAGCUGUACCUGUGCAAAUGCUAGAAAUUUGAUAACCUUGGAUAUCAUGGUUAUGCCAGGGGAUUACAGGAUACAAAGUGAAAGUAGAAUGUCUGAAUCAAUUGCAAGGAAUGAAGAAAUGUGCACACUAUGUGAAGAGUAUACUUCCCAGGCUAUGUAUUAUCUUGGUGAGAAUGAGACCCAGGUUGAGAUUAUCAAUACCCUUCACCAAGCAUGUUCUCGGCUGCAUUCUUUUGUGAAGCAGUGUGUUUUAUUAGUAGACUAUUAUGCACCUCUUUUCUUCAUGGAAGUUGCUACGAUACGCCCAGAGCAAUUUUGUGAAAAGGUGAAUCUCUGUGAGAAGACAGUAUUGGUUCCUUUACCAAAGCAUGAUGAUGCCUGUACGAUCUGCCAUCAUGUUAUCCAGGAAAUUCUUACCAAACUGGAAGAUCCUGACACACAGCUUGAGAUAAUUGAGAUGCUUUUGAAAGCAUGCAACAGGGUGGAGAAUUUUGUGCAACAGUGCAAGAGGCUGGUCUUCCAAUACGGUCCACUGAUAAUGGCAAACCUUGUUAAGUUUCUUGAGACAACAGAUGUCUGUACUUCAAUCCAUGCAUGCAGAGCCAGUCAAGAAGUGGUGGUUAGGUCAGAAUUCCUAGCUGUUGGUUAAAGCUAUGAAAGAAAAGUUUUGCCAGGAAGGAGGCAGAACAAAUAUGAAUGUAUAGAAGAUCUGGGGAGUGGGAAAAGAAGUUGCCGUGGAGUAACAUUUUUUCCUCUCAAUUGUUGUUAAACUUGUAAUCUUAAAGUUCACAUUUGUAUUUUUCCAUAGUUGGAAAUUGCCUCAUCCAUUGGAUUGUAUUCUUCUUCUUUAGAUCUCCACAUUGUACGGUAUCUUUUGUCUACCAGCUUGCAGUUUCUUCAACCUAUAAAGUAUCUUUGUUUCUUGA